UGCAGUGACGUCUGUUUUUAGUGUCCGGGGUUACAUGGUGAAAGAAGCUCUCCGCCCAAGUUAGAAUCAACUUCCAGAGCUCCGGUAGCCCUCCGACUUGAUUACCACCGUGCGGCAAACGUCACCAAGGGACCUGCCAGCAUAGGUGUCUGAUUUCCAUUCCAUCUUUCACUCAAGAAAUUGUCGGUCGGUCCAAACGCCGAUAGACUGCAGCCAUGUCGGCGCCGACGGGAUCAUACAUCCUCCCCGAGCACGCGGCCCCCUCCGAUGAUCACGAUGACCUGGACUCGCUUCCAUCCAUCUCGACCAGCCUACUAGACUCCGAGCCCGACUCGGAGGCGCAGAGAGAAUGGGAGGAAAGUCUUGAGCAGUUGCAGCUGAUGCUGACAAUGGUCAUAAUACCGUUUACUGGCAAAUACAUGGGGCGCAAGUUUGCAUUUUGGAGCUGGGCGCGAUACAUGGAAUGGAUGCACAAUGUUGAAAUCAGAUGGACGAACAAGAAGGCCUUUGUGGCUGCCGGUGUCAUCGAAGCCGCAGCAACAUUAUGAGCAGAAGUCAUCAUCGUCUUAUACAUAUCCGAAUUGCACGAUACCCGCCGUUCACCUGUAAAAUACGAGCUGUUAUUUGAAUUCGCGUUCAGGCACAGCAAAUGAUCCCAUCGGCUCUUCGUUGCCACAUCUAUUUUGAUCGGCUCGGAAACUAGAACACUCUAUUUGGGGCUAUUCAUAGGCCGACAGUACACAAACUCCUCGAGUAUAGCGACGAAUACAUUUAUGCGCGGCAUUUCAACUGAUGCUGCUUCUUGCCACUCACUUCCAGGCCGGAAGCGCGGUCAUGGGUCAAAGGCCGACUUUUAUACCCGUCAGGAAAGACUGGUUAGGGGAGACGGUUUGGGGUCUUGAUACGACAAUUGCAUGCGCUUCAUUGUUAUAUCUGUCUCGUAUCGGGUGAGCUUUUCAAUUUAAGCAUCUGAGCCUCGAUGUGGCAAGUGGUAGACGCGUAACGAUAAGCUACAGAUAUAGAUUUUGCUUGGCCGAAAUACAAGCAGUCUGAGUUCUGGCUAUGGCCGCAAUCUGUUGCAUAGACCUACUCUAUAUACGAAGUUCAUAUCCCAGUCUGGCCCCGUAAACAGCCCAACUGCAGGGAGCUCCAUGUAAAGGGUACAACAGAAAUGCUCCUUAAAUGCGUCGAGUAGUGUCUCGAUCAUGCUACCAAUGAUACCAGUCCCUCAAGAUAGC